UAGUCUAUAAAUAAUUUUCAUUUUUAGAAAAUUAAAAUAAUCGAGUUUCAAUAUAUUUCAAUAAAAAGAUUAUACCAUUAGUAACAAAAUGUGUGAUUAAGUAUCGAACGUUUUUCUUUUAAAAAUACAUUAAGUGCAUCACGAUAAAUUAGGAAAAAUUUCUAUUUUCCAAAGCUGAUCCGUUUUGAGUAUUUAGAAGCAAUAUUUUUUUUAAAUUCAACAUCGCAGUUUGCAAGAAAAUAAGUAGCAAAAAUGAAUGGUAAAUGGAGUCUACAAUUAUUUGGCAUCGUUCUCUUUAUCAAUAAGGCAUUGUUUAGAUGCCUUGUAGAUGAAGAUGAAUUUUAUGAAGUGAAUAAUAAUUUUGAAAGUAACUUGAAAGAAAUAACUCUUAUAAAUGAUGCAAAAGAUAUGGAUUUCAAAGAACAACUGCAACUUACUACUGAAUAUUUUGAAAAACUUUCAAAUAACUGUAAAUAUAAUAAAAUUAAUUCUAAUGAAUUCCCAGCAGAAAUGAUAAUUACUUGGAAAGUGCUACGUAUCAUUAGUGAGAGUGCAGAAGACAUUUAUUUAUAUAAAAGACUUAACAAUUAUAAUGCCGAUUACUUGAUACCAAACAGAAUUAAGAUUAUAAAACAUGCAAUGCUUUUGGAAUGUGGAACACAACCAGAAAGAAUGAAAGAAAUAUAUGAAGAUAUUUAUCGAUUCUUAAAUUUAUAUUACAAAAAUUUUCCAAACCAAGGAAAUGGUACUGAAUACAAUACUUGCUAUGUAGUGAGCCUUUUGGAAUUCGCAACAUUAGAAGAAGCACUUUUUCAUUAUAAUUAUACAUUUUCUAUAAUAGAUGAGAAAUUAAUGAAGUGUAUUGCAUUAAAGUCACAAGAGAAAAAUUUAACUGCUAACUAUUUCAACAAAAAAAUGUCCAAUACUAAUUCAAAAAUAGUUAUUUAUCACCUUCACAAAGAAGAUAUAAGAUUUAGAGAUCAUCUUAAGAUUGUAACUAAUUUUUUUAAGACAAUUUUAAAUCAUUAUGAAUGUAGUAAAUCUCCUAUGAAUGUUAAUUCUUCUAUUGAAGAAUGGAAAAUUCCGUCAAUAAUUUGGUUCAUUUCUAUUAGUGCAGAAGAUAAUUAUUCUUAUCACACAACUAAUGCAUCUCGAUUCAAACCAACAAAAUGGUUGAAAUAUAGUUCAGAAGUAUCAAAAUUAAUACCACAAGAAUGUGGUACACAACUAAAGGAAAAUAAGAAAUUAAUUCAAAAUUUGUAUCAAUUGUUUAAUAUGUACUAUGGAAAUUUUCCAACAAAAUUAAUUAAUGACGAUUUUAGUAAAUGCUUUACAGAGACUGUUAAAAACAUUAAAGAUAUCAAUGACGAAGAAUUUGAUUCUUUUCAAAAUAAUUCUGCUUAUAACAAAAAAUCAUUAAUUGACAUUAUAAAAAUGAAUCUUGUUUCAAUAAUGAAAUGUGUUGAAUUAAAGGAAAAUUUAUAAAUUACUCGAAGUAACAAAUAUAUUCGAUUUAAUUUUUAAAUAUUUAUAUUAUUCUCAAUUUUCUUACAAUUGAUUCACAAAAUUAAAGAAGAAAAUUUAAUUUAUGUUAAAAAUAAUAUAAUACUCGUAAACUUAAUGGCAAAUAUUUUAAAGCAGUUAAAAAAUACAACUCCGUUCGCUUCUUUCUUCGAAAAGUAAAUUUAAACCUAGCCGUCUUAUCGUACAUUUAAUAUUAUUUUCGAAACUGUAAAACAAAAAUAAAAUAAAAAAUUUAUUGUUUUCAGAAACAAAACAUUUAUUUUUUAUCUAGUUAAGAAGUUAGCUGAUUGACUUUAAAUUAAAAAUUAGUCCAACUUUACGUCUUUGUAUUUUUAAAUAAAAAAUAUUUUUGAACGUUAAAAAUUUGUUUAAGGAAACUUCAAAGAAUUUCAUUUUUAACUUCAAAUCUGGAAAAAAUUAAAAUUUCAAUAAUAUUAUUUGAAAUUAUAAACCAAUUAUCAAAAAAUGGUUGGCAAAUGGACUCUACAAUUACUGGGUACAGUUCUCUUGAUUAAUGUGGGAAUUUACAAUUACUAUAAACAAAUUAAAUUUGCAAAAAAGAGUAAUAAUUUCAAAAGUAGCUUAAAAGAAAUUACUCUCAUGAAUGAUGGUAAAGAUAUGGAUUUCAAAGAGCAAUUGAAAGUGGGUAAAAAAUUUUUUGAAAAUAUUUUAAAUCACUACGAUUGUAAUCAAAGUACUAAAUCUUCAAAAUUGGAGAAAUUACAUUUUCUGAAAGUAUUAAUUGAAAUUCGUGAGAGUGCAGUGGAUAUUUAUUUAUUUCACAGACUGUUUAAUUAUACUGUCGAUUACUUGAUACAAAGUAGAAUUGAAGAAACGAGAGAUUUAAUGCCAUUAGAAUGUUAUGCAUCGCAAAAAAGAUUUAAAGAAAUUUACGAAAAUAUUCAUGAAUUAUUGCAUUUAUAUUUCACGAAUUUUCCAAAGAAUGCAAAUAGUGACAAGUACCGAACAUGUUAUGCAGUGAGCCUUAUGGAAUUCGUGCCAAUUGAGAAUUUGUCUGUUACUUAUUUUGUUAUGUCUUCAAGUAACAUGAAUUCUCUAAACAUAUUUGUGAUAAACAGUUUACAAAAAAUUAAGAAGUGCAUUCCAUUGAAGUCACUUAGAAAAAAUCCAUCUCCUAAAUAUAACAGCAAACGAAUUUCCAAAACUAACUCAAAUUCAAUCAGUUAUCAGCUUAAAGAAGAAGAUAUAAAAUUUAAAAAUCAUCUCGAGAUUGUAACUAAAUUCUUUAAAACAAUUUUAAAUCAUUACGAAUGUAGUAAAUCAUCGAAAAAUGUUGCCUACCGUAAAGAAGAAUGGAAAAUUUCGCUGAUAAUUAAUUUUAUUAGUUCCAGUGCAGACGAAAAUUAUUCAUUUCACAAAAAUAUUGGAUUCGAUAAAAUUUCAACGACUAAUAGUUCAGAAGUAUCAAAAUUAAUACCCGAAAAAUGUGAAAUACAACUAGAGGAAAAUAAAGAAUUAAUUCAAAAUUUGUAUCAAUUUUUUAAAAUGUUUUACGAAAAUUUUCCAUUAGAAUUCAUUGAUGACGAUUACAGUAAAUGCUUUAUAAAAAGUGUUGAAAUUAUUAAGAACAUCAAUAUUAAUCAUUACAAUUAUUUCUUUUUGAAAAAUACCUUUGGUAGGGAAUGGUUAAUUGACAUUAUAAGAAAAAAUCUUCUGUCAAUAAUGAAAUGUGUUGAAUUAAUAGAAAAUCUAUAAGCUACUCAUAGCAAGUAAAUAUUUAAUUUUCAAAAUAUGUUUCUCUUAAUUUUUUUUAAAAAAUAUUUAAUAUCGACAAAAGAAAAUGUUAUUUUUACAAAAAUAAUUACAAAUCUGUACAUUUAAUGACAAAUAUUUUAAAGCAGUUAAAAAAUACAGCAUAAAUUUUUAUUGUUUCUUCAAAAAAUUUAAUCACGAAUUUAUGGUUACACUUUUGUAACAAUCAAAGCACGAAAUUGGAGUUAAAAAAUAAUUUUCUUUUUAAACUAAACAUAUUUUUUGGAAUUAUUUUUGCAGAAGACAAUCAAUUAAUUAUUUAAUUUUAAUAAAAUUAAUAGAUAAUAAUAAAUACAAAAGAAAUAUA